AUGGUGGAAAAAGAAUGGCAAAUGCCUCACCAGAGGACAGAACUUUAUUCAAAGAUUUACUUUUCUUUCUUAAGCGGAUUUCAUUUGAGUGGGCGAGGCGAGAUGAUCAAGACGCAUUCAUUGUUUGAAGGAUUUUUAAGAUUAUUAAGUCAAUGUCAACGAGCAUUUCUAUUUGUGCAGUGCGAUGGAUGGAAAUGGUUCUGGAAAAUUUCAGGUGAUUCUGUUUUAUGUCAAGCAACGCCCUAG